CUCCCUCCAUCUCUCUCUUGUUAUCACAUAAGCUAAGAAAUGGAGCUCUCUAAUUAUCUAUCCUCCUUCUUCAUCAUCUUCAUCAUCAAAUUCUCAUAAUCUUCUGUUGUGUUUGAGAGAGAGUGACAUCCUUCAUGGACGCAAUCUUCUUAACGGAUGAUCCGAAUACCCGAAAACAGUUAAUCGGGUCGCUAGCUCAUUCUCUUGGAUGCAUCUACAUUUCUCUCUGGUCCUAUUAUUUUCCUCGACCUUCUAACUACUUGAUAUCAUUCGAUGGAUAUCUCAAUGAAUCAUCUCACGAGCCUUCUACGUCUACUGGAAGUUUAGCCAGAAGAUUGUUCCAUGAAUAUCGCCAAUCCAUCAUCCCUCUCCAAAAUGGACAUAUACCAAGCAUGGCGUUUAUGAAUAACCUCCCAUACUUGGAGAUUCGGACGCAAGAUAUACAAAGACUUGCUUCUAACGAUGCACAACGUCUCUUCUAUCAGGAAUCCAGGAUUCAGACGGUGAUAUUCAUGGGUUGUCGGAGCGGAGAGAUCGAACUCGGAUUUACGUACGAUGCUGCAAAUAUGAAAAUAGAAGCAAGUCUUCGAGAUUGGUUCCCUGAAGAUUUCAGUAGAAAGACUUCUCCGGUCAACUCCGACUAUCUCUGGCCACCGCCUCCUCCUUCUUCAUCUUCUUCCUCUCUUAGAUCACUAGACAGUCCCCAAAACGCCUCAGAAUAUUCAUCUCUCUUAUUCCCACUCAUCCCUAAACCUUCAACGACGACUGACGCCGUUAACGUUCCGCUGCUAGCUCCGGGCACCACAGCAACAACGACCAACAUGAUCCAUCAGCAACACCAAGAGCCUUUGUUUCGCAACCGCGAACAUGAGGAAGAAGUAAUGGCACGAGCUAUCUUAGCGGUUAUAACGGCGUCUUCAAGUCCUUCCUCUACUUCUUCAUCGCCGCAGCGAAAAGGAAGGGCCACCGCUUUUAAGAGAUACUACUGCAUGACUAGCGGCGGCGGUGGGAGCGGUGUACGGAGGCAAAGUAUGAUGAAAAGAGCGAUUUCGUACUACAAUAGGCUUAACAUUGACCGGAGAGAGCGUUUUGUUAGGGAAAACGCUACAGACGGCGGCGGUGAUGGAAGCGGUGGCGGGCGUGUGCCAACGGCAACGCAGUUGCAUCAUAUGAUAUCGGAGAGGAAACGGCGAGAAAAGCUUAAUGAUAGCUUUCAAGCAUUAAGAUCUCUCCUUCCUCCUGGAACUAAGAAAGAUAAAGCAUCGGUCCUAACAACUGCAAGGGAGCAUCUAACUUCUUUGCAAGGCGACAUUUCGAAACUACUAGAGAGAAAUCGAGAGCUGGAGGCUAAGCUAGCGGGAGAAAGAGAGAUGGAAAAUGUUUUACAACCCGAUGAGAGGUUUAAUGUUAGUAUAAUACAUAUACCCGAAUCCACAUCCAGAGAAAGGGUUUUGGAUCUAAGAGUUGUUCUAAGAGGAGACAACAUUAGGGCUGAUGAUUUGAUCAUAAGGCUUCUAGAGUUCUUAAGGCAAAUCAACAAUGUUAGUUUAAUAUCAAUCAACGGUAAAGCCCGAACUAGCGAAGAUGGAGUUACUACGAUCGUUCUCGUGAGCUUUAGGCUCAAGAUUGAGGGUGAAUGCGACGAAUCAGCCUUCCAAGAAGCAGUCAGAAGAGUUGUUGCUGACUUGGCUCACUGACAACAAGAUUAUUCCUAAAUCCUAACUAUAUAUUUAAUUCGUAUAAUCAUACUUUAUUUCCUCUUCUAAGCUUACAACUUAAUAAUAUACAUAUUAAAUUAAUGAUCGAUGUUAUUUGUCUGUUUUGGUUAUGCUCGCGUUCGGCGGCUCAUAUCGUUUUCGAUGGUCCUCUUCUUGUUCUUAUUACUGUGGACUGUUUCAGCCAUUCAUCGCUAUUCCGUGAAUCAAUCUUGACCCAUUGUUUCUGUCUAUUUUAUUGUUGCUAGCGUAUAUAUAGUUUUGUAAUAGGCAAUAUUUAUUUAGUAGAAGCUGGCUGAUGUGAACUUUUCUUUAAAAAUACAUGUUGGUAUCA